AUGGCUUCCAUCACUGCUUUCCUUGCCUUGGCCGGUAUGGCUGUUGGUGCUACCAUCACCACCACCGAGCCUGCAUUGGCUGCUAUCGCGAAGGCUCAGGCGACCGUGACCCCCCAGACCUGGACUUCCAAUGUCACAGGUAAGGUCUUCGACCGUUUCUACCAAGUUUGGCUGGAGAAUGUCGAUUACGACAAUGCUGCCAACGACACAAACCAGCAAUGGUUGGCCAGCAAGGGUAUCACAUUGACCAACUACUAUGGAACUGGUCACCCUUCGCAGCCCAACUAUGUCGCCGCCGCAAGUGGUGAUAACUACGGCAUGGACAACGAUGACUUCCACGACAUUCCCUCUAACGUCUCGACCGUUGCCGAUCUGCUUUACACCAAGGGCAUUUCUUGGGCUGAGUACCAGGAGCACAUCCCCUUCCCCGGUUACCAGGGAUACAACUACUCCAACCAGGAGACCUAUGCCAAUGACUACAUGCGCAAGCACAACCCAUUGGUUUCCUUCGACAAUGUAUCUGCCAAUGACACCGCUCUUCGCCUGAUGAAGAACUUCACUAUGCUCUACGAGGAUAUUGACAACAAGGUUCUACCCCAAUGGGCUUUCAUCACCCCUAACAUGACUAACGACGCCCACGACACCAACAUUACCUUCGGCUCCGAGUGGCUCCGCGGCUUCGUCGAGGGCCUCAUGAACAACACCUACUUCUGGGACAACACGCUGCUUCUGUUGACCUUUGACGAGACCGAGACCUACGACGUCCCCACUGACGAGGAGUACGCCGUCCGUAACCGCGUCUUCAGUAUUCUUCUCGGUGGUGCUGUCCCCGAUGACCUCGUCGGCACAAAGGACGACACAGUCUACACCCACUACUCAACCAUUGCCUCCGUCUCCGCUAACUGGGGUCUCCCCUCCCUGGGUCGCUGGGACUGCGGUGCCAACCUGCUCAAGAUUGUCGCCGACAAGGUUGGCUACACCAACUGGGACGUUGACAACACUAACCUUUACAUCAACGAGUCCCUUCCCGGUCCUCUCUCCGAGAACGAUCUGAACAAGUACCGUGCUAGCUGGCCUGUCCCCGCCACCAACGAGACUUGCUCCGGUGGUCACGGUAUCUUGCAGUCUGUUGUUGAAGCCUACAAGAACCAGACUCCUACCUACAACUACACCUCUCCUUUCCCAUAUGACACCGGCUAUGACCUUGACCUUGGUAUCUCUUACUCUCGUAAUGGCUCUACUUACGUCUCUGGUGUCAACUCCACUGGUACCGUUGUCUAUGAUACUCGCAAUGGAUCUAGCAGCACUACCUCUUCCUCAGCUGCUUCUUCCUCCACCAGCGGGUCUGCGGCUUCGGGUAUGACCAUCCCCGCUGCUGGCUCUGUUGCUGCUAUUAUGGCUGCUCUUGCUGCCUUCCUGUAA